GAGAGGACAACCUACCCUCUCCACUUCCUGUGACCUCUUCUGCUGAAGGCUCUGAGAAAGCUAACCUGAGAUGUUAUUCAAAAGCAGGGCUGUGCGAGCCCACUGAACCUCAUGAUGCUGCUUUUUCAUGGAUAUAUGAACAUGAUAGUGCAGAAGAUACCAGCAUCAGGAAAUCUCUUGAUGGCUUCUACAAAACACACUGCAAAGAACGCCCAGACAGAAUGGAUCCCACCUACAAGGCUGCAUCACAGUGUCUGUCGCAGAAGAUUUCAGAGCUGGCAAAGCAGAAUGGAACAAAAUAUACGUCACGUUGCCUGCAAAUGGCCCAGGUGGUCUUGAACAGAGAUGGGUGUAAGAUCUUUCCAAACUACCCCACUACUGCUUGUUUUUCAAAGCCAGCUGAAGGAGAAGUCAUGUUGGAAAACAGAAGCAAAACACCUGGACUCUCUGAUGAUGUCCUGCAGUUCCUCUUGAAACAAACACAGACAGAACACAGCUCUGAUGUGUCACAUGAGAAGUGA